AGUAUAUACCGCGACGUUGGCCUUCCGUUUCCCACAUUUUACCGGUAUUCUUCGCUUACUCUGCCAGUUAAGGUUUCGCUGUUGCUUACGACCGAGUUUCUAACCAGUUUUUCUGCAUCCACGAGCUUCAUUGGGAAAAUGGCCGAGAACAAAGAGCAGACUUUCAUUAUGAUCAAGCCCGACGGUGUUCAGCGAGGCCUUGUCGGCAAGAUUAUCCAGCGAUUCGAGGAUAAAGGCUUCAAGCUCGUCGCCAUGAAGAUGCUUUGGCCCACAGAGUCUCUUCUUAAACAACAUUAUUCAGAUCUCUCCAGCAGGCCAUUUUUCCCUGGUUUGGUCAAGUACAUGAGUUCCGGACCAGUCGUGCCUAUGGUUUGGGAAGGUCUUAAUGCCGUUAAAACAGGACGUGUUAUGCUUGGUGAAACCAAUCCUAAGGAUUCUGCUCCUGGUACAAUUCGUGGUGAUUUUUGCAUUCAAGUUGGACGCAACAUCAUUCAUGGAUCAGAUUCUGUUGAAUCAGCAAAUAAAGAAAUUAAAUUAUGGUUUGGUGAUGAGAAAGAAUCAGAACUCACUGAUUGGUCUUCCUGGGCUGAUAAAUGGAUCUACGAAUAAAUAAGUUCCUGUAACAUUUUUCAUUCCACUAAAAAAUCUGUAUUUCUUCUGUCAGAGGUAGUUGCAACAUUUGUAAUGCAAUGAUAAGCUUCAGAAUUAGUGCCAACUGUACAUACCAACUAUAACUGAUACAUAGCGAAACAAUAAAA